UUCCGAUGGUAGUGGCAUGAGAGGACUUGAGGAGUAGUAGUGGUGGUGCAGAACAGUGUAGAACCACGUAGAACCGUGGAGAAACAGAACUCGGCAGAAUCAUACAGGCAACCACAAGAUCCGUAAAUAGAAUCCUUGCAAAUCCUGGAAAAAAUCGAAUCGCAUCUUCCCGAAAAACAGUUUACUUAAAAACAGUGUCGCUCCAAUUAUGUUCGCAGCAAGACGUAUUCUGGUCUCCAAACCAAUCAAGGAUGUAUUUGCGAGAUCGAAGCAUUCACUUCCGAAUUUGCCAUAUGACUAUAAGGCUCUGGAGCCCAUCAUAUGCGGUGAGAUCAUGGAGCUCCACCAUUCCAAACAUCACGCAACCUAUGUUAACAAUCUGAACGUCGCUGAAGAAAAAAUGCAGGAGGCUAUUGCAAAAGGCGACGUUAAUACACAAAUCGCCCUGGGUCCAGCUAUCAAGUUCAACGGUGGUGGUCAUAUCAAUCAUUCAAUCUUUUGGUGCAACCUUUCGCCCAAUGGUGGAAAUCCAGACGCUGCCCUUUUGAAUCAAAUCAACGAAGACUUUGGCAGUAUGGAGGAAAUGAAGAAAUCCUUAUCCCAGAUUGCCAUAGCAAUUCAGGGCUCCGGUUGGGGUUGGCUCGGAUACGAUCAAAAGAUCAAUUCGCUGAGGAUAGCGACUUGUGCGAAUCAAGAUCCACUGCAAUCCACUACCGGUCUCAUUCCUCUCUUCGGUAUCGACAUGUGGGAACACGCCUAUUAUAUACAAUAUAAGAAUGUACGACCCGUUUAUGUGGAAGCAAUCUUCGACAUUAUUAACUGGAAGGAUGUAAAUGCACGCUUCAAAAACGCCACUGGUUGUUAAGGCUCAACAAAGUCGUUUAGCGUUUAAGUCUGUUUUUUUUUUAGAUAUUAAGGUAAUGUUUAAAGUGAUGCUUUUAUUAGGAUUGAAUGAUAUCAUCAGGAAUACAAUCAGUAAUUUUCCUGUGAUUUCAUAUAGGUUUUUCUUUUCUACACUGUAUUCGAAGUGACACAAUCGAGUGACAAGUAAAACAAGUAUGAAAAGUACAUGAAUGUAAAAGAGUACAUUUAUUUAGAUUAGUAUAUCUAGAUUAGUAUAUUCCUUAUCCUUAAUAUAGAAUAUAACUAUUUUGUAUCUUGAAAAUGAUAAAUGAAGGAAAUGCAUGAUAUAAAAUCAGAUUUAUAGUAGAUGGAUUUUUGACUCUCAGCCCACAUAUUUCUCACCAAAGAAAGUAACAAGAAAUCACUUUUUCUAUACUUUUUCUUUGCCUUUCAGUUGCUAUGAAAAGAAAGUUAAACUAUAAAG